AUGCCUAGCAAAACACCAAGCCUACCCCCCAGCAACUUGCCAAGUGUUUCACCAAGUCAAAUCCCAAGUACUCUCCCCAGCUUGGCCCCAAGUGAUUUUCCAAGCAGCAAACCCAGUCAAUCCCCAAGUCAAACUCCCAGUUUCAUUCCAAGCCAAGUUCCAAGUCAAGCUCCCAGCUUUGCCAUUGAUGACAGAACUGAGCUGUUGGCAGAAAUCGAUACUUGGAUCACCACAGGGUCGUCUCAGUAUGGGGACAUCUCCACUUGGGAUGUUUCGAGGGUAACAGACUUCAGCUAUCUGUUUGAUUCACGUUCAACUUUCAAUGAUGAUAUUACUGACUGGGAGACAAGCCAAGUGGUAACCAUGGCCUUCAUGUUCAAGGGUGCAAGUGUGUUUGAUCAAGACAUCAGUGGAUGGGAUGUCUCUAAAGUCACUUCAAUGGAAGGCUUGUUUGAAUCCUGCAGUGUCUUCAAUGCCCCAAUUACAAACUGGGAUGUAUCAAAUGUGAGCAACAUGAAUUCUUUGUUUAAAAGAAACUAUGAAUUCAACAAAGAUAUCUCUGGAUGGGAUGUUUCAAAAGUCACUGACAUGGGCAUAAUGUUCGGAGUAGCUUCCAAGUUUAAUGCUCCCAUCACAAAUUGGGAUGUCUCAAAUGUCGGCAACAUGUAUGGAUUCUUGCGCUUUGGAAAUGCUUUCAACCAAAAUAUCUCUGGUUGGGAUGUGUCAAAAGUCACUGACAUGUAUCAAAUGCUGGCUUAUAUGGAUGUUUUCAACUAUGAUAUCAGUGGAUGGGAUGUUGGAAAGGUUACAGAAUUUCAAACAAUGUUUCGGGAUUCACCUACCUUCAGCCAAAAUCUGUGUUCCUGGAAUGAUCAUAUGGCCUCCUCUGGAGUUACUACACAGUUAGCAUUUUUGGGUACUGCCUGUCCUGAAGAAGCAAACCCCACUCCAACAUUGCAGUCCGAUGGAGUGACAUGGUCUCCUUUGUGUUAUGCCUGCCCAGUUCCGAGUGAAUCUCCAAGUAUGGCACCAAGCCAAGCUCCCAGCCCGAACUAG